GAAGGAUGGGGUUGGCUUAAUGUGUCUUUUACAUUAUACAUUUUUUCAGACUUUCACUAGUGCAGGUGUGCUACAGUUUGUUUGGCAUAUACUAAUCUUAAACAUACUUUCAACGUUAUACCACGCUCCCUCGCCUGGUAUGCAGGAGGUAGUGGGUUUGAGCCCGACCCUGACACUUGCUGCACAUUUGUUUUUUUUGCAUGUGCUCCCCGUGGUAGUUGAUUUUUCUCUGGUCCUCCGCUUUUUCCCCUCCACAUUUAGAAGCACGCUUAAUAGUAUUUGGCUGCUAUACAUUUCCACGCAAUAAGCCACUUCGUUGAGCUAUCAUUUGCGGCCAGGUCACUUUGAAAAAAGAGCUAUAUGCCUUACCUGAUUAGUUUGUAAGUUUCGGUCAGAUUGCAAGCCAUUAAUAAACGGGAACAACCCAUUCACCUCUCGUGCAUAACAACAGCAUCAAGCAGCAUGCACCUGAUCCUGCUUAUGCGUUAGAGGCAGGGCUUCCUGAUGGCACGUCAGCUGCGAUAUAUUAGCCUCGCAAACGACGCUCGGGCAGAUUCGGUUUUAAUUUAUGGCCCCUCUCGGUUAUGUUGCUCCUGCUAAUUCACUGCGAUCUUCGCACAACGAGGACAGAACGCGCCGCUGUCCAGCCCCUUAAGUCUGCUGUGCUGCUUCGCCUACUUUAGCUGACUGCACAUUCCUGCUGGGCACGAUGUCGCAAUGGGGAGGAGGCGCUCACUGCGGCACGUGUGGCAAGGUGGUGUUCCACGCGGAGGAGGUGCAGUGCGAUGGACGUAGCUACCACCGCCCCUGCUUCCAGUGCUUGGUGUGUCACAAAGCCCUGGAGACAUCAACGGUGACUGUGCACGGUGAUGAGAUCUACUGCCAGCCCUGCUACUCUCGUAAGUAUGGCCCGAAGGGAUACGGCUUUGGCCAGGGCGCUGGUGCCCUCAGCAUGGAUGGCGGUGGCGUCAUGGCCCAUAGCAACAGAGCCAAGCGCCAAGGAGGAGCGUCCGUGAAUAAGCUGGCCCAGCGGUUUGGCGGGGCGGCAGACGCCUGCUCCCGCUGCACAAAGCCCGUCUACGCCGCGGAGAAAAUCGUGGGCGCCGGAAAGCCUUGGCACAAGAGCUGCUUCCGCUGUGCCAAAUGUGGCAAGGGUCUGGAAUCUACCACUGUCACUGACCGUGAUGGAGAGCUCUAUUGUAAAGGCUGCUAUGCAAAAUACUUUGGACCCAAAGGCGUUGGGUUUGGUCAAGGUGCUGGAGCACUGGCGCACACCCAAUGAGCCAUAAGGUGAUCACCGUGAAUAGAACGUGCACAUUGAGAUCCGUCAGAAAAGCCGAGCAGGCAUGUUUAAUACAAUGUGUAAGAUUGAUGUCCCCAAAAUACAUAUAUCUAUAAUCAAAUUGUGAAAAGGAGUCUAAAGGAUCCGUUGAAAGUUCCGGUGUAUAUUUGGCAAUAACAAGAUGACGUUAUUUGCUAUGUGUGUGGAAUUGGGACGUUUACAAUUUAACUUUUUGGCAUUAGCAGUAAUACUGUGUACAUUUUAGAAUCGUCAGUGAUUUAAAUUGUAGAGGCAAGCCCCGCAGAUUACAUGGUAGAGUAAUUGUAUUUCUUCUUACGACACGAGCAUAACAUUCGGGUGAGAAUACUUUGUGGUCUAAAACCUGUGGUCUCUGCCAGCAACUCAUAUAAUACGAGCACGCUGCCACGGUGUAAUGGUUAUCAAACUGGACUUGCAAUCCAGGGGUUGGUAGUUCAAUCCCCAAUCAUAUCAGUUGGAACAACCGGCAUGUUUCUUAAAUCCACUCCACCCCCUCCCAUGCCUCUGUCCACCGGGCAGUAUAAACGGGUGAGACAAAGUUAGUCGAUUGGCCGGUGGAUUAUAAAGUGUAGGUGUUCCCACCAAUGUGGAAGAGUGGCCAAAUACCCUCUUAGAGGGGCUCUCGAGAGCUCCCUCUAGUCCGUGGAUGGAUGCCCUUCUGCCAGCAGUGGCAUGGGCAAGCAAUUGCAAUACACACUGAUAGCCAAUUUUUUUCCCUACAAAGGCAAAUGUUCUGAAAUAACGUUUGGCCAUGACUGGUCAAUGUACAUUAGAGUACAUUUUCAUUGGGUUUACCGACAUCAGUGACAUAGGUUUUAUGGUUACUCUUUGGCCCUGUUAUAUUGACAUUAUUCAGUGUAAGAUAACUUACACAUGUUGCCUGCGAUAGGCAUCUUAUUUGCGGAAGAAAAAAAAGUGUAUUCCUUCUGGAUCUUACAGCUCUGCUCAAAGCCCAGUUUUGCAACAAAAAAAUCCAGGACUGCAUUUCCUCACUGCCACAUGUCUCUUUGAAGGAAGUGGCGACAAUGUGCAAACAUUCACGCUCCUAACUGCUCGAAUUUGCACAUCACACAAAGGGUGACGGUUUCCCAACAGCCACUGCGUCCAUAUGUCCAACCUAUGGACAGGAAGUUGGGGGUGAGUUGUCAGAAGAGGUCGGGAAGGCAUGGGUCAGUGACGUGUGUGGUUUUAUUUUUAUGCGCCAAGUCUUUUUUUUUAAACAUAUAUUGCUUACGUUGUAAUGGCAUUCUCUUACGUGGACAUUUUUUGCUCUUUGCCAACCAACGACUCCACCAAUCGCAUUUCUUACCACCAACCAAACUCGCAUAGUACCUGCUACACCCGUCACCUGAUUCCUCAUCGCUCAACUCCUCCAGCACUCGGCUUCGUCAUGACCCAAUUUACCGAUCACCUGGUUCCCCAAUCACCCAGUUCCUCUACUCGCACACAUUCAUAUCAUGGCUAUCUUGUUUGUAUAUUUAUAUUCCUCAAGAACUCAGCUCCUAUCUUUAUUUCUGCAGAAGCAUUUUACAAGUAGCCUACCAGCCGUCUCUGUCGUUCAAUGCUGUGCACCAGUUAAACAAGUUAUGCAAAAUUUGUGUUAAAGGCUGUGCAAACUAUGCUGUGCUCUGGAGACCACAAUUGUUCAUUCACUCGUGUACUGUACUGUUGUUAUUGUUGUUACUUAACAAUAAAAAUUGUGAACUCGAAGCACGCUCUGUGUGUUUACAACAUUCAAGCAUCACGUGAGACAUGAAUUAUCUCCACACACGGCAUGGACAAUGACCCCUGAUCAUCACAAUAAGAGACCAAGUCCGAUUGCCCUCCCAGGCACUGACUACAUACCAUAUGGACCAAAGAUAGCAUCUUACAGUCCCAUAAUAAAUCGCAUAUAAUAUAUAUUUACCUGACACACAAUGGCUGUGAGUGGAGUUAUAUAGCCACGUCUACAGCA